UGAGGUGCGUGUCCAUGAAUAAUUCUGUCAAAGUUAAAUGUGUCAAUCGGAUGGAAAGUAUUGUAUAUCUUUUGGCAUCCUUACCGUAUCUCAAAACUUUUGCUAGAGCAAUUUUCUACUUCAAACGUUGUGAUUUCACCAUCUCUGUACAAACUUUUCUUAUGGAAGCCAAAAUAUCACUUCCUAACCAUCUCCAGUCAUUUUUCUUGCUCACCUGCUCAAACUGCAGUCACUUUGUAUGCACAAAAACAAAAAAACUGAUUCGAUGCUUCAUCUGUAAGCUAGAGCGGCUAUUAGUUCGCAGGUGCCACUUCGAGCUUGACAUCAUGGAUGCCAGCGAUACGAUUAUGGUAACAAUCUCAAAAACGCUGGGUGAAAGAAUGUUUUCCUUAACUAUCGAACAAAUAUAUGAACGUGUCGCUGUCCAGCAACGAACGUUGUCUAUUGCCCGUAUAAAUCACCAGCUUGCUCAUAAACUAUUUAUGCUCCAACUACAAAAGCCACUCUUCAGAUUUUUGAUCAAAAAUCUGGUUUGCUAGCUAUCACGUCCUUCACUAAAGCAGAAAUUCCACUUUCUCCCCAAGAUAUCGGUAAGAGGCAGAAAAUCAAUCUACCUACCCCAGCGAAAAAAGAUUAAAAGUAACAAUACUUUCAAAAUUGACUUUACUACUGUAAUCUACAUCCCCUUUAACUAAACUCAGUUAAAUGUUGUAGUCAUCACGCCUAUUCAUGUAAGUUGAUUAUCUCCACGUCAUUUCAAAUCUCAAUAGGUCUAACAUAUAGAUUAUCAGAAAUUUCAACUACUUUGAAAUAUUCUACUCUAAGUGAAAUUUUUUUGA